CCAAUGGAAUUGGUUAAUGACAGCAACGGGGAGUGCCAGGAUUGCCACCCCUCUCAAUCUCAAUGGCUUUCUCAUAAAGGUAGGCCUGGUGGCAACACCUGGGGCAAGUGGUUCUAACUCCGAGAUCUUGAACCGAGUACGGAGUCUUUCCUGGUCGCCCACCUCCCCCUUCUCUUCCGCCCAGCCACUUGGCAAUCAUGACCAUUUUGUCGCCGGGUCGGCCAAGACUUUCAGGUUUCCAUUCUUCCUGUGCUCCUAUUCGCGCGGAGGUGCAAACUCCCACAAUGCACCGGGCUUCUGCCCACCAUACCCCGGGAGCGCGAAGAAUCCUCUCAGGGACGGGACGGGGCGCGGCUGCGGGGGGACCGGCUUCGUAAGAGCGGGGAGAAAGGCUUGGACUGACAGGAGGGCGAGGACGAGCUAUGGCGGAAGGAGGCGAGAUCUCCGAUGCCGAUAGCGAUGAGACGAUGGUUGAGGGGUCCGUGGUUGAGAGCGACGUGGAAGAAAAAGAGCUUCGUGCAAAAAGAUUCUCUUUAAUGGAUAAAGACAUGGUAUUAGCAAGAGAAACCAGCAUUACUGCAAGAGUAGCUAAUGCAUAUGGAGAAAAUCUAUCCCCAGAGAUUCCAUUUAACUGCAUCAACUUCUAUACCCAGAGUCAUCCAGGGCUAAUUAAUCUGUCAUAUCAAGAGAUUACUGAAGAGGAAGAAUCUCAAUCUUUGCUCCCAUUUAAUUAUAAAGAGUACGAAUCUUCGCAACUGGGAAUUUGCACAUGCCAUUGCUCAUUUUCAGAUGCAAAUACCAAAAUUGAGCAAGUGAGGAAAAGCCAAAGAAUUGCCAGGAAAACAAGAAAGCAGACCAUUUUUAAUUGUUGUUCCAAUGACUCCUCAUGUAAUUACAUUCCACUGUCUGUAAUCAACAGAAGAGACACUUUUGGUCAGACAUUGUUGCAUAGAGCUGCUACAGAAGAUGACCUAGAUGGUAUACGUGCAAUGAUAAAAGCUGGUGCAGAUGUUAAUGUCCAGGACUAUGCAGGGUGGACUCCAUUACAUGAGUCCAGUUUGGCUGGUUGUUUUGAAAUAUCAAAUGAACUUCUAAAAGCAGGAGCAGAUGUUAAUUGUAAAGGAUAUGAGCAAGUAACACCAUUACAUGAUGCUGUUAAAGAUGGUCACUACAAGGUAGCUGAAUUAUUGCUUUGGUAUGGAGCUGACCCACUGUUCAAGAAUGAAAGAGGAAAGAAUGCCUUAGAAGAAGCUACUGACAAACGUAUGAGGAAACUAGUGAAAAGUUAUAUAGUUCAAUCUGGUAAAACAUCAGCAUCAGAGAAUCUGGGAAGAUGUCACAAUAAGGCAAAAGAAGAAGAAAAUUCAAAUAAUACAUCAAAUGUACCUUUCCUGUCAGUUAAAUUAAAAACUUUUCAAACUGAAUAUAAUGGGAAUUGUCAAAAUGACCAUCUGGGUUCCAGCAGUAAUGUGAAGGAAGUUUCUUCGAGUCAUACAAAGUUCAGUCAAACUGAAGAACGACAAAUACCACAAAUCCUAGAUCUGUACAUCCAAGACUUUUCUCAGAUACAGAACUCUUUGAAUACUAUACUUGCCAGACAGAAAUCUGAACGAGAUGAGCUUGCAAAGAAAUACAGAGCUUCUGUGGAAUCUUUUAAACAGGGAGUGCUGAGAGAAAGGCUAGUAAAGCUUGCAGCCCGACAAAAGAACCUUUUGCUUAUGGCACGAAAACAGAAAGAAUUAGGGGGAAAAAUACAGAAUUAUAAAAAUGCAAAAAAAGAGGCUUUACAGCUAACAAACCAAGCCCCAAACACACUUGAUUCUUAUGAAAACAGCACUACAAAAAAUGGUACUUCUGGUGAAACGGUACCAUGCCCUAACAUAAUUAUGGGUAUGGAAAGCAUCUGGGACAUGGAAAAUAGUUCUUUAAAUCAAGACCACGCAGAUAGAUUUCCAGAUACAUCAGGAGGCAAUGGAGAAAUUAAUAGUCAGGAGAAAGAUUGUCCACAGCUUUUGGUAUUUGAAAGCAAACGUAAGGAAUAUAACAUUGCAGAAAUAACAUAUUCAGAAUCCUCUGAUGCUACAGAUUCAGCAACAUUGCUUCCAAACUCUGUUACCUGUUCUACUCAACAAUCAAAAGAAAUUGAUUAUAUAUCGAUGACACCACAAGAAAGCCAGAGCCUAAGUGCCAUAUCAAGAUUGCAGAUACUAAAUAACUCAGCUACUGGAGGUGAUGAUGAUGAUGAUGACAAUAAUAUCUGUCAGCCAUCUAUUGAAAGUCAAAAUAUUUGCACAACAUUGCCACAGCAUUCACGUAUAAACAAUGUUUUCUCAAUACAACCUAUUGCACAGUUAGAAUCCACACAUAGCUUUGUUGGUAUUCAUCAGGAUAACAUAGCCCCAAGUAAAAAAAUCUCAGUUAAUGUUAAUUUAGAAUCUCCAGGGACAUUUUCUCAUGUAAUAUCACAAAAUAGGAUCAGUCAGAAUUCUUCCCAGUAUUCGAACAAUCAAGAUUCUGAAAAACAACUACAUUUCAAGACAAACAAGAAGAAAAAAAAUCAACUAUUAGGUCUGCUUGAACUGGGAAAAAUUAAACCAGGAGAUGAUGUUCUAGAAUUCACACUACAGGAUUCCAAACAUAAAGCUAGCCUUCUGGGAAAUGGCAAAGUCCAAACUGGAAACAACUCAGUUUAUCAAACUCCAGUUCAGUGGAUUAAGGCAAUAUUAGGAAAUGACAUUUAUGUCACAUACUGUGGAACGCCAUUAUCAACAAUUAUUGCUGAAGUUCAGGUUUCUAAAGAACCAGAAUUUCUGUUGCAACAAAAAAAUCUGCUUGAUUCUUCCUGUCAGGCUAAUUCCUCAAAAACAUCCAGCUUUCUACAGUUCAACAAAAUAAUGUUAAUAACAGAUGAAGAAUUUCUGCCAUGCCAUGCAGGAGAAAAAUACUGGGACUUCUAUACCAACUGUGAAAAUUUUGGAUUUUAAACAACAUCCUGAAAUACAUUUUUCCUUCCAUGAGAAGUGACAUUUUGUGUUUGAAUUUUUAAAAAUAUUAUUUUAUUAAUAUUUUAAAUUAUAAAAAUUAUAAUGAACACCUCCCUUUUAAAAUCUGAAAAGAGUGAAACUUUGUGACUAUAGCCUGUGGGAGAAAGGAGAUUCAGCAAUAAUGUCAAUAAAGAUAGUGGAGAUGAAAUUUCACUCUUUUUCAUUUUUGGAAGGACCCAAUAAUUUAUAAGAAAGUAGAUAUAACUACUUCCCUGUCUCUCUUUUUACAUAUCUGUCAGCAGAUGUAAACUAAGACUUUAAAGCACAGAUGGACAUUCUUCACAUUAUGUGACAUUCUUCACAUGAGCUCCAUCAUCCAGGUCAUCAAGAAAAUGUAAUUUUAAUGUACUGUUCAAUGUAAUGUAUGAAUUUUGGCAGGAAAGUUUAUUUAAAGGAAAAUUAACAAAAUAUUCAAAGAGAGGAGGUUUAUUUUUACAUGUGUUAGUUGAAUACACUCAAUUUCCUCUGUGCAUUCAUGCGUACAAACUAAUAAGAUUGAUUAGAUUUAAUUAAGUCAUUUUUUUUAAACCUACAAUUUAAUUUUAUCUCAGAAACCUAUUAGUAACAGAAUAAAACUGUUUCACUUUAUUGCUGAAUAUGAGAAAGUAAAGAUAAACAUCUUGAUUCAUAUCUGCAGUAGUUAGCUGUUGCCUAAGCUGGAAAAAAAGUUGGUUGCGUUGUUUUAUAAUGGAGAUCCUUAUAUGUUAGCAAUGAUGCCAGCUGUAAUUUUUAGCAUUGUGGCUUGUGAAACAGUUACCUGAAUACUGGGCACAUUUUUGAAACUCAAAAGUGCACAAUUUUGAAGCUAUUUAUCUUCACACCAGGACAGUCCUGCUGGACAUAAAAUUACCUGCUUGCUAUUUAACACACUCAUGAUUAAGGGCAAUAGAAUUAAUAUUUAAGAAGGGAAAACCCUGUGGGAAGAAUUAUGAUCCAUUCACCCAAUAAUUGAAUUAUACUGUCUACUUGAGAUAAUGGAAUGUAUUUUCCAAUAGCUGUUUUUAAGUCCACAAAUGGAUGCUAAUUAUCAGUUCUUUGUUCAAAAUCACCUAUGAACAUUUACCAAGCAGAACAAACUUUUUUUCCAGAUAGAAUAACCUCCUUGAACUAAGUAUAGCAUCAGCUUUAUUCUAUGUAUCAGCCUCUGAAAGGACUGCACAUGUCUUACAUUUGCUUUUUUCCCUAGAAUAUCUGUAGCACUGCAAAUGUCCUUUCCUUGGAUUAAACAAAACAUUAAAGCUGUUAAAUGGAGAUAUUUGUGAUCUCCAGCUUGUAAAGAAGUCAAGGAAGUGCUGCAGACUAUUUCAUAGCAGUCUUUCAACAGCUUGCUGUGAGGGAUCCUAAAAUAGUGGUACUGAAGUGAUUGAUUAUUGGCUUAGGCAACAGGAUAAUAUCAGAUAUUACCACAGGGCUAAAGGAAAUAAAACUUUAGAAAGGAGUUAUGUUUUGUGCUGACACUGUUGGAAACAACUCUAAUUCAAAUGUCAAAAUUGUCAUGAAAUUAAAAAGUUACAUUAGGAUGAGGAGUAAUAUAUUUUAAACAAGGCUAAUUGAGUCCCGUUUGUCCUUUCAGCCCUGUUAUGUUGUAAUUGUGUUUUUCCUUUGUUACAAGAAGCAUAAUGGAAAGAUGUGUUGACAAUGCAGCAUUAGUUCAUAUUCAAGUUUUAUGUGCAGGAAUGCCUGUUAAAUGUAUGAAGGAUUUAUUUUGGAUUUAUUUCACUGUUUACUUGACUAAUUGUUUAACCUGUUUUAUUUGUAAAACUCAAAACAUUUAAUAAAUGAAUAACA